AUGUCAGAACCUUCCAAAGUAUUUCAAUCUCAGCUCUCAGCGCCUGAAAACUCGCAGGCUACAGAAGAGUCCACCACUUUAACGACUGACAAAGCUGACCAAACCUACAAUGCCAAAGCCGAAGUCCUGAACCGUGCGAUCCAAGAAAUUGGUAUGGGCAGGUAUCAAUGGCAAUUAUUUGUGGUGAUCGGCUUCGGCUGGGCAAAUCAGCAAGGAGUCAUUCUGACCCUCGCCCAAAACAUCGGGCUACUGAUCGGUGCGGUGUCCUGGGGAUUUGGCUGUGAUAUUUUCGGUCGGACUUUGGGCUUUAAUUUAACAAUCGGGGUCACCGCUGUGUUUGCGUUGGUCGCGGCUGGAUCACCCAAUUUCGCUGCAAUAUGUGUGUUUGCAGCGCUGUGGUCCAUUGGCGUGGGCGGAAAUCUACCUGUCGAUUCGGCUACUUUUCUGGAAUUUUUGCCUGGGUCGCAUCAAUACCUAUUGACCGUUUUAUCAAUUGAUUGGGCGCUCGCGCAGGUUCUGGCAAAUUUGGUUGCGUGGCCACUGCUUGGAGAUAUGACCUGCUCUUCAGCCGAUGGGUGUACAAAAGCAAAGAAUAUGGGGUGGAGGUAUUACAUGAUCACCAUGGGUGGACUGGGUAUGCUCAUGUUCGUUGUUCGCUUCGUCUUCUUCACUAUCUAUGAAUCGCCUAAGUAUCUGAUGGGUAAGGGCCAAAAUGGACAAGCAGUAAAAGUGGUCCAUGAAGUGGCUCGACGAAAUGGAGGGACGUCGACGCUAUCACAAGAUGAUUUGGAUGAAUUCGACCGGAGUCAGAAUCAACCACAGGUUCAUAUCCGUGCGCUAUUCAACUCGCCUAAACAGGCAUAUUCCACUACUCUCACUAUUUUGGUCUGGGCAUUUAUCGGACUGGGAUACCCUCUGUAUAACGCUUUUCUUCCAUAUAUCACUGCCCAGCGAGGUGCAUCAUAUGGCGACGGGUCCACAUAUCUCACAUACCGGAACUCUCUGAUAAUUGCUGUUAUGGGCGUCCAGGAUGUCUUCUUGGCGGAGUUCUGGUCGAACUACCUCGCUUUGGACGAAAAAGCGCUCUGUCCACUUUCUUUACUUGCGUCCACUACGGCAUCAUCAUCUAAUAGUCUGCUUGGAUGGAACUGCGCCUUUAAUUUCAUGAGCAGCCUUAUGUAUGCUGUGCUUUAUGCAUACACUCCUGAGAUAUUUCUUACCAAGGACCGUGGCACAGGAAAUGCGCUGACUGCCUCCGCAAAUCGCAUCUUUGGAAUUAUGUCGCCCAUCAUUGCCAUUUUUGCCAACCUCGAAACGGCUGUGCCAGUCUAUGUCAGUGGUGCCCUUUUUAUUUCGGCUGGUAUCCUAGUCACCCUGAUGCCAUACGAGUCUCGAGGCAAAGCGAGUCUCUGA